AGGAGCAGGGAGAGGAGGAUAGUCUGCUGCUGCAGGAACUGGGAUCUUAAACCCCGGGAAGACACUAUUAUAAAUGUUCAGUAAUUAAUCGUAAAUGAUCGGUGUGAUUAGAUUGACUCUGUGGGAAUAUUGAAGCUGGUUUGAGCCCUAACACUCGCCAUACCACCGGGUAUCCGACACGCCAGUUUGGACUGAUCCUCUGCAGCACCUGGUGAACUCGUGAGUUAUUGUGACAGCGCAAGGCUUUGUGAAAAUGAGGGUCAUUGUGCUGCUGUGUCUCCUGAUAACCGUGGAGGCCGGAGCCUCGAGGUUAGUCCGUGACUCCCAGAGCGUUCCCGACCCCUUAGAGCUCUCGGAGAGCAACGUGUCUGUCCAGCUUCCGCCCCCACAGCCGGGCCGCCCACGGAGCCCUUUCCCCCCCAUGUGCGUAAAGCAAACAGAGAUCAAACAUGCCUUCAAGUAUGUGAACACCAUCAUUUCCUGCCUGAUCUUUGUGGUGGGGAUCAUCGGCAACUCGACGCUGCUCCGGAUCAUAUACAGGAACAAGUGCAUGAGGAAUGGACCCAAUGUGUUGAUUGGCAGCCUUGCACUUGGAGACCUGCUUUAUAUAAGCAUUGCCAUCCCCAUAAAUAUGUACAAGCUAAUAGCUGAGGAUUGGCCGUUUGGCGUGUAUGUCUGCAAGCUGAUGCCGUUCAUCCAGAAAGCCUCGGUGGGAAUCACCGUACUCAGCCUGUGUGCCCUCAGCAUCGACCGCUACCAUGCUGUGACAUCAUGGAGCAGGGUGAAGGGGAUGGGGAUCCCUCUGUGGAAGGCGGUGGAGGUGACCCUGAUCUGGCUGGUUGCUGUGAUGUUGGCCGUCCCCGAGGCGCUGGCAUUUGACAUGAUGGACAUGUCAUACAGAGGCAACAAGCUGCGCAUCUGCCUGCUGCACCCGGAGCAGGCCACCAGCUUUAUGAAGUUCUAUCAGGAAGUUAAAGAUUGGUGGCUGUUCGGCUUCUAUUUCUGCCUCCCACUGGCCUGCACAGGAGUCUUCUACACACUCAUGUCCUGUGAGAUGCUCAGUCGCAAGAAAGGCAUGCGGAUCGCACUCAACGACCACAUGAAACAGCGGAGGGAAGUGGCGAAGACGGUGUUCUGCCUCGUGCUGAUCUUUGCUUUCUGCUGGCUGCCCCUUCAUCUCAGCCGCAUACUGAAGAAAACAGUAUAUGAUCAAAAUGACCCCAACCGUUGUGAGCUGCUGAGUUUCCUUUUAGUGAUGGAUUACAUCGGUAUCAACAUGGCCUCUCUAAACUCCUGCAUUAACCCAAUUGCCCUCUACUUUGUCAGUCAGAAGUUUAAAAAUUGUUUCCAGUCUUGCCUGUGCUGCUGGUGCUACAGAACGUCUCCUCUGGACGAGCGGUGUUCCGGGGGUCCCUGGAAGGGAUCUUGCCAUGGGAACGGACUGGAUCGCUCCAGUUCCCGCUCCAGUCAGAAAUACACGAGCACUUCAUAAACACACACACACUCACUACGCUUUCCAACUACCAAACCAAUAUUCCCAUCAGCUUUCCCACCUGGAGAAACAGCGCCAUCACUGCCAACAUACAAACGAUCACAUCCGAGUCAGGAGUGGAAAACGGAGCAGGGUAGAAGACAUUUCUGCAGAGCUCACCUCAGACUGAAAGACUCAGUGAUUAACUCAAAGCUGGACAAUGAAACUAUAGGACUGUACUUGUUCAAGCUGUUAUAAUUCAUGCAAAAGCUGUGCUGCCAACCAAUGAUGCUUCGAGGCUGGUCCAGAGGACACAAGCUUCUCCGUAGACCACCAAGGUAGAUGUAUUUGUUGAGCACAUCAGGUCAAGCCACUUGUAAAUCUAUGUACAGUGUUAUUUACAUGUAGAAUACAGACCUUUGCCUAUAUCUAGCCACAGUGCUUUGUGUAUGAAUAAGUACUGAUCAGCCCUAUUGGUGAAGCUUUAAUACCUUGUGGGGAACGCUCAAGAGAAACUGUGACGCUGAGUCAUUUGAGACUCAAAGGAGUGGGAGCUUUAAAGGUCUGCAUCUCAGAGGCACCAGUCGUUGAGACAUCAACGCCCAACAGCCGUUUCUCCGGCAAAGACGUAGUUCUUUGCUCAAAGCCCGAAUGCAUUGCUUACUAACUCUCCCGGUAAAACGGGCCUGUGAAACUCACAGUCAUGUGGAGAGUUGCCCAGUGGAAAUCUUUUUUUAUCUCUGCUUUAAGUCAUGAGGGGGCUGCUGUUGUCCAAGAAAACAAGAAAAACACCAUAUGAUCCUCAUCAUGCAUCAUGUACAAAGCUGUCUGACAAUGUAGCUUCUAUUUUUCUAUGAAUGUAGUGCGAGGAACAUUUCACCUCAAUCAGUCAGAGCUAUUGUUGCGACGACAUUCCUAUUGCUGGAAGUUACUUCUGGUAUUUUAUAUUUUUUUAGCUAUGCUAUUUAAAAGAUUGAAAAAAUGAAAGUACAUCCAACUGACUGUGUGUUUUUCAGAGAUUUAUUUUCUUUAAAGACAUUUUGGUCAUAAGAGCACUGGAUAUGUUCCCACUGCCCCCUUGAAGCAGGGGGAUUCUGGGAAAACGUUGGCUUUCUUUUAGAGAUAUGGUAGUUGAUUUUGAAUUGUCAUCUGUCUCUGAAUCUGGGAGUCCCUCAGUGUAUACAGUUGAAACCAGGUAUUUACACAUAAUGUAUAAUAUUGCCAUUUCUGUACAGUAUAUGUAAAGUAAUUAAGACACAUACCCUUUUUUUAUUUCUCACUGUCUGGCAUUAAAUGAGAUUAAACAUUUCUAAAUUCAGGUCAUUUAGGAUUACUUAAUUUUUUCUGUGGGCUAAAUAGCAGAAUUUAUUUUAGAGAUUUAUUUUUUACUUUCUUUAAAUCCAGAAGUUUACAGACAUUUCUUUGGUAUUUGGUAGUAUUGGCUUUUUAAGGUGGCUGCGUGGGUGCACUGAGGCACAGUUGGUAGCACUGUUGCCCUGCAGCAAGAAGGUCCUGGGUUUGACUCCCACCCUAGGGUCUUUCGGCAUGGAGUUUGUAUGUUCUCCCCGUGAAUGUGUGGGUUCUCUCUGGGUACUCUG